CGAACGUCGUGGAGAGUACGUGAGAGUGGAGGGACGAGCCCAGCGGAGCAGAGCUAAAAAGCAGUAGCAGCAGCAGGACGAGCGCAAGCAAGGACGAAAGAAAGGCUCCAAUAGUCUACUUGCAGAUAUGAACUAGCCACACGCAACGGAGCGCAGAAUUUAGUGAUUUGGAAAGAAAAAAAGAGGAGAUUUUAUGUUGUUUUUGGGGUGGAAAUUGUUAGUGCGCGCGCGUUAAACAGUUUUUUUUUGGGGAAAAUAGAAUAGAUUGUUGUAUUUAGUAUUGUUCGGGAGCUUCAGUAUGAGUCGAUCACAGGGACAACGCAUCCAGGUGCCGGAUGACCUCAGGGAGGUGCUCCUCGAGUUCACCAUCAGCUACCUGUUGGAGCAGCCAGGAGAUGUUGUCGACUAUGCUGCAGACUACUUCUGUCGACUCAGAGAUGCCAGGACCACGGAGAUUGUGUACGACAGGAACACGACAGCUGCAACACCCUCAUCCCCAGAGGAGUCCAUGUCCAGGGAAGAAGAGCCGCCGGUCGGCAGAUUCAACACUCGUCGCAAGUCGGUGUUUGCGGAAACGUACGAUCCGGAGGAGGACGAUGACGAAGGCGAGAAAGUCGUGUUCCCGAAGUCGGACGAGCAGAGGGACAAAUUAGCCGAAGCCGUCGCGAACAUUCUGCUGUUCCGCGCCUUGGACAAGGAGCAGAUGCAGGACGUGCUGGACGCGAUGUUCGAGAAGAAAGUGAAGGCCGGUGAGAUGGUGAUCAAACAAGGCGACGACGGCGACAACUUCUACGUGAUCCAAGAGGGCGUGUUCUACGCGUACGUCGCUUCGGAGCCGUCGAAGGAGCCGCAGCACAUCCACACGUACAACGGACAGGGCAGUUUCGGGGAGUUGGCUCUAAUGUACAACAUGCCCAGGGCUGCCACCAUCACAGCCCACACGGAUGGAUCACUGUGGGCCAUGGACAGGCAGACCUUCAGACGUAUCCUUCUGAAGUCGGCCUUCAAGAAGAGGAAGAUGUACGAGGCCCUCAUCGACAGCGUUCCCAUGCUGAAGACUUUGCAAUCGUACGAGAGGAUGAAUCUCGCCGACGCUCUGGCGCCAAAGUCUUUUUCACAAGGCGACAGGAUUAUCAAGGAGAACGACACUGCGGACGGCAUGUACUUCGUCGAGCAGGGAACAAUCAGUAUUACCGUCGAGGACAACGGAAGGGAGGUGGAGGUGAACCGGAUCGGAAAGGGCGGUUACUUCGGGGAGUUGGCCCUAGUCACGCACAGACCGCGCGCCGCCUCCGCCUACGCCGCCGAGGACGUGAAGCUCGCAUUUUUGGACGUGGAGACGUUCGAGCGACUCCUCGGGCCGUGCAUGCAGAUCAUGAAGCGCAACAUAAACGACUACGAGGAACAGAUGCUCAAAAUAUUCGGCUCCAAGUCGAACAUCAAGGACAUCCGAUGAAUGCCCUGAAGCGAAGAAGUCAGCGAAAGGUUUUCUCUUACUUUUAUUUUACUACAUCUACUUCUUUCUUU